AUGGUGGAAACAAAGGCACUAAGAAAACACACGCGGGUUCCUCUUCAAGUUAAACAAGAAAAGGAGCGUCAACAAUUGAACACACAACUCAACUCUCUCUUCCCGAUCAACCAACUUCCAGCGGAGAUUAAGGCUGAAAUAUUCUUCAAUGCCUUGGGCUCGUUGACUGACUUUGUGGGAGUAACUCCUUUCUUUCUGGGCAAAAUAUGCCGUUGUUGGAGAGAUGUCGUUUGGUCAACUCCAAUCCUUUGGACAACUCUGCAUCUACGGCUAUCGAGGGAUAACUACAAGGCCCAAGCUGCUCUUCUCCGUGACUGGCUGUUCAGAACCGGAAAACUCCCCAUCUCCUUUUGUCUCGAGACAAAGGAGUUUCUGCAGACGGCGUGGCCGUGGCGCUACCAUCCUCCGGUACAAGUCUUGACUCUCUUUGCGUCUGUCUCAGCACGAUGGAGAGAAAUAUACAUAUCUUUUUACGACCUCCAAGCUUGCCUUAAAAUCAUUUCCCCCGCCAAAAAACCCCUACCCCUUCUUACUACUGCUACUAUUCAGGUUGUACUAGUUCCAGAAGGGGAGUUGGAUUUACUCAACAUCGCCCCACAACUCUCAGAACUUCGUAUCCAUGCUAGUCGCUCGCUCGGGCUCUUGCGCGUGCUAGUAGCUCCAUGGCAACAAUUGCAGGAGUUUUUUGCAGAACACUGUUGCAGGGAUGAGAUUCGAUUUGUUCUCCACAACGCGCCCCAUAUAGUCCGCUGCACAUUCAAAGCCAUUGAAACAAGGUAUUCGCUGCAUCCACCAGAUGAACAACUACGCCAUCGACCGCUCCUGUUGGAACAUCUACAAUAUCUCGAGCUCCACUUCAAAUUUGACGAUGUCCGCCUCGAAACAGGUUGGAUUUUCGGAGGGCAAGUCACACUUCCUUCUUUGCGUGAAUUCUCCCUCAUCAACCCGGAUGACAACGAGCCACAGGACGCCGUCCUUCUGCAAAUCACAAAUUUGUUACGAUCCUCGCCUCGCUUGGAAAAAUUCACUUGGAGUGCCUUGGUGCUGGAGGACCAUAAUAUGAUUCAGGCAUUGAACAACAUUCCGUCAGUGAAGGAUCUAUCACUCAACUUCCUCGGCUAUCUACCCGUCAAGUUACUCACGGAAGAAUUCCUCAAACGACUCAACUACCCUCAUCCAGAAAUUCUUCUUCCGAAUCUGCGAAGCUUCUCAUACCACGGCGCCACUUCUCUUAAUGGACACAUGCAUUUGCUCCGGGACGUGCUUGUGCGCAGAUUCCGAAAGUGCGCUCCGCGAGCUGACAAGAUAGACUCCGAACGAACGGCUGUAGCUCAACUCAAGUCGGUGAGCAUGACGAGUACGUCUGAACUUGUCAUCAGUUCGGAUAUACAAGAAGAGUUAAACAGCCUUGUGCAAGAAGGCCUUGAAUUCAAGUUGCAAUUUCGUACCAACCUCGGGAUGAAGUUGCUCCGAACGUUGAAUGGUGUUUUAGUGCUGAUAUGA